CCGACACCAACGCAGCGCAGCACUCUUCUUCUCUCUCUAGUCUGGAAGUUUAUAAUAAUAUUAUAAGAGAGGAGGGAAAGGCGGUCGCAAGGAAUCAAGGGUGUGAGUGCUUGAAGUCUCCUUUUUUUCUGGUUCUUUCCUCGGUCUUGGAUAAAGAAGCACCAAGAUAAGCCAGCAUCCAUAAAGGAGUCUGCUGCCGCUGCUGGUGCUUGUGACACUAAUAAUGUUGGAAGAAAGGGGGUAAUGGCAGCAGAGCAGAGAUCUUCUUUGAGACCCUCACCAGCCAUUUCAGUAGGGCAGCACAUUUAGAGGACUUGGAGAGAAAGGAAGAAAAUUUUCUCAAGAUCUCUGUGUAGGCUGGUUCUUCAUUCAGAUGUUUGUUAGUGUUGCCAUAUUAAGUCGCUUGCUGUCUCAGUAAUCUGCUUGUUUAGGGAACUGGUGCUGGUUUAAUAUGGGGUCAUUGGCAUCUGAGACAGAGACUGUACACCCAGAGAUCUACCUAUCAUUGGGUCUGAAGGCAUCAGGCAAAGGAAUUACUGAAUUUCCGAGGAUAUUGUCUCUUCUGUCAUCACAUCUUGAUAGAGCUGUUCAGAAGAAUGAAAAGUUACUAGAUUCAAAGAAAAUUAAAGAAAUUGUCACCAUUUUUCAUGGUUUGAGAGCCCCAAACCUCAGCAUACAGAAGUACGUAGAGCGCAUCUUCAAGUACUCAAAAUGUAGCCCAUCCUGCUUUGUCCUUGCACACAUAUACAUUGACAAAUUUCUUCAGCAAUCUGACAUUCAUCUGACUUCUCUCAAUGUUCACCGCUUGCUAAUUACAAGUGUUGUGGUAGCAGCAAAAUUCAUUGAUGAUGCAUUUUUCAACAAUGCAUAUUAUGCCAAGGUAGGAGGAAUCAGUACUGUAGAGAUGAACAGACUGGAGCUAAAUUUCUUAUUUAGCUUAGAUUUUAGACUUCAAGUGGAUUUAGACACAUUUGGAAAGUAUUGUUUACAGUUGGAGAAAGAAGCCACCGUAUGCAAUGUAGAACGGCCAAUUCAGGUCUGCAGGCUAGACGACUGGACUACCGUAGAAGAUUCAAAAUGCCAACCAGCAGUGCAAAGGUGGACAUAUGGAAAUACUUUUGGGAAUGUAGAUCAAACUCUAUCUGAAGGAAGCAGGUUAGUUAUGAAUACUUUCUCCAAGCAGCUACCAGUAACUUAAGCUAAACAAGACAACCCAAUAUUCUUUUAUUUUUCAGCCUAGACUACCUAUUUUAAUUUUGUGAGUGGUCCUUUCUUCUACUAGUUGUUCUCUUCUCCAUUUGGAUUUUUCUAAACUGCUUCUGGAAAUGCAAAGUCAGUGGCUGAAGCUUACCUUUUUCUUUUUGCCCUUUUGUUCACUGCCUCAGGCAACAAGAACUGAAUCGUGUAAUCUUAUUUUCUGAAAAAGAACUCAAUCCU